UAAAUACUCGAUUAAAUUCAAUCAAUACCAAAAGAAGUAUGGGGAAGAAAAAGUCGAAUGCUGCCAAUGCCGCUCGAGUUUUGGAAUCAAAGGUUUCUCCUAUCCUUGAGAUCAACUACCCUGAUCCACUUUUUUCGGUAGCAGCACAUCCAACCAGACCGAUUAUUGCACAAGGUCUUGCUACAGGCCAUGUAUUUUGCACUUCGUAUGAUGCAGAACAGCUUGAAGAGUAUCAAACUGCCAACAGGGCCACACAUACAAAACAGCAAACUGAGGCCUUUAAGACUGGGAAGACGUCAGCAAUCAUCAGUUCCGUAUCACAACUGAAACAAAAAUGGUGGACUGUGGUGGACGAUGCCACAGACAUCAACAACUCGAUGGUGAAAACAUUAUGGAAGACAAAGAGACAUAAAGGGUCGUGUCGGUCGAUUUUGUUUGAUCCUCUUCCAAACUCUAUUGGUGAAAAUAUCUAUACUGCUGGUACAGAUCAUAUAAUCAAAAAGGCAAACACAGAAACGGGAAAAGUUUCAGGUAAAGUGGAAGUUUCCCAACACUUUUUGGAAGAAGACGAUAAGAUGACCAAAAUGUGUCACUCUGCUACCAAUCCUUUCAUCUUGGCUGGUACUGAGAAUGGACAUGUUUUAGUUUACGACAGUUCCAACUUAUCGAAGAAUAAACUCAUGUUCAAGGUCGAUAAGGCACAUGAUGAUUGUAUCAACCACAUACUUCCUAUGCCUGCUGUAUCUGCUUACCACUACUUGACUUUAGGAUCUACGACCCUUUCCCAUAUCGACAUUCGAAAAGGGAUCGUCACUCAGUCAGAUGAUCAAGAAGACGAAUUACUUGCUAUGUGCUAUGCUUCCGAUCAUGUUAACGAUAAUAAAAACGAUACAGUAUUGGUAUCCCAUGGAGAAGGAAUUAUCACCAUUUGGAAGAACUCCAAGAACCACUGGCGUGAUCAGCUUUCUCGAAUCAAAGUCAACAAGGGAGUGAGCCUAGAUACUAUUGUUCCUAGUAUGAAUUGUGAUACAGAUGAGAUGACCAACUCAGUUUGGUGUGGAGAUGCUGACGGGCUUUUGCACAGAAUCAACUACAAGAUGGGGAAAGUACAAGAAACAAGAGUACAUUCCAGUUCAUUUGGGAAAUACGGCGCUGUAGAUGAGGUUGGAAACUUGGAUAUCGACUAUAGCUACAGAUUAAUAAGUGCAGGAAUGGACACUUUGAAGAUUUGGUCCGACGAAAGUCAGAAAUCAGACGAAGUUAAUGGAAGUGAUAGCGGAAGUGACAGUGACAGUGAUAGUGAUAGUGACGAUGAUAGCGGAAGUGACUCGGCCAGUUUUAGUGAUGACACUGGAGAUUCAGAUGAUAAUGGAGAAUCAGAUAAUGAAGAUUCAGAUAAAAUAGAUCCAUCAGAUCUGGACUCUGAAAAGGACCAAUCGGGACUCCCAAAGCUCCAGCGUAAGAGAAGAUUCGAUAACUUGAAGCCAAAAAAGAGACUAAUCAACUUCGAAUCUCAUGCUAAGGACUUGGAAGAAACUCUGUCAGUUAAAAAACCCAAGACCAAGCAAUUGACCACCAAACAGUUGCGAAAUAUGCAACAACAUGAACACGGAAUACGAAGGUUUGACGGGUUAUAGUGAUAUAUAGAGUUACAACAUAUAUUGAGUUGCAAAAUAUAUUUAACAGUUGCUAAAA